GUUAAAGAAGAGAUGAAAAUCCUUACCCAAGAUAAAGGUGUUAACUCUUUCAAGAUGUUUAUGGCAUACAAAGAUCUGUACAUGGUGAGGGACGCAGAGCUGUAUGCCGCCUUCUCUCAGUGCAAGGAAAUUGGAGCGGUUGCUCAGGUCCAUGCAGAAAACGGAGACUUAAUUGCAGAGGGAGCAAAGAAGAUGUUGGCAUUGGGGAUAACAGGCCCCGAGGGCCACGAGCUGAGCCGCCCGGAAGCAGUGGAGGCCGAGGCCACGCUGAGAGCCGUCACCGUCGCCAGCGCCGUGAACUGCCCCCUGUACGUCGUGCACGUGAUGAGCAAGUCUGCGGCCAAGGUGAUAGCGGACGCGAGGAGAGACGGGAAGGUGGUCUAUGGAGAACCCAUAGCAGCAAGUCUCGGCACGGACGGCACUCACUACUGGCAUAAAGACUGGAGCCAUGCAGCCCACCACGUCAUGGGUCCACCCCUGAGACCAGACCCUUCAACACCCAACUUUCUCAUGAAUCUACUGGCUAAAUUAUUCACAAGUCAAAGCAGUCCUGUCCCUGAUGACAUCAGCAUCCUCAGCCAAUCUCAUUCCUCUGUUCGUCAUAGCAUGCCUGGCUGGCCAGGGCUUGUCCUGGAGGACCUGCCUUCAUUCACAGAGAUCACCAUGCACAGUGGUAAAAUGGACGAAAACCGAUUCGUAGCAGUUACCAGCACAAAUGCAGCUAAAAUCUUUAAUCUCUAUCCAAGAAAAGGAAGAAUAGCUGUAGGAUCAGAUGCUGACAUUGUGAUUUGGGACCCAAAAGCCACAAGGACUAUCUCAGCAAAAACUCAUCAUCAGGCUGUUAAUUUCAACAUCUUUGAGGGCAUGAUUUGCCAUGGGGUGCCCCUUGUGACUAUUUCAAGAGGCAAAGUGGUGUAUGAAGCUGGAGUUUUUAAUGUCACAGCAGGAGAUGGGAAGUUUGUUCCUCGCAAACCAUUUGCUGAAUAUAUUUACAAACGAAUCAAGCAGCGAGACCAGACUUGCACUCCUACCCCGGUGGAGCGCAGGCCCUACAGGGGAGAAGUCAUCACGUUGAAAUCCAGAGGGACCGAAGACGACUCCACAGCUGGGACCAGGAAACAGGCCCACUCCUGAGCUGGGUGCUGAUGGUAAAAUCAGAGGAAAGGAUGCUGCUGUUCCAUUCACAGUCAAACACUGUCAGCCCGUGGAGAACAGGCCUUAUUUCAACUCCCCAAGAUCCUUUAGAAAAAAUAAUCGCUCUAGGCCUUUUUGAUUUUCUUUCAGAAGCAAUUUCUGUCUUUCUCAUGGUGCCUUUGUUGCUGUGUAAGAUUGAAGAUAUAAAUGAAUAUUAUUGUGAUGGAAAGUCUGUGAAAAUUCAUUGAUGAUACUUUAAAAUGUCAUCUUUGCUUGUACUAGAUUUCUUACUUUGAGAUUUUAAAAAUCAUUCUCUUGUUUAAAGGUCUUCUUUUUUUUUUAA